AACACGUCUUAUUUGCGCGACCACAGGGUCACAGUGGGAUAUAGUCGUACUGUUCGAAAAAUUUGCAGCUCUUGAAGUCUACAAACGUAUUUCAACAUGUCUACUGCUAUGAAUUUCGGCUCCAAGAGUUUUAAACCUCGAGCUCCCGACAAAGGCGCAUUUCCUCUGGAUCAUUUUGGAGAGUGUAAAGCCUUCAAAGACACAUUCAUGAAAUGUCUGCGAGACAACCACUUUGACAACUCCAAGUGCCGAUUGCAGUCCAAAGACUAUCUGGAGUGCCGGAUGGACCAUCAGCUGAUGGCCAAGGAGCCUCUGGAGAAACUAGGAUUCAGGGACCUGAUGGAUCCUCCUCCCAGCCAGGCGGACAAAGACUCUAAACCCUGAUGCUGCUGCUCCUCAGCUGCUGUUUCCGGAGUGCACAUGUGGAAUCGCUCUGAACUUGCUAUACCCAACUGUUUGGUGUGAAUAAGCUGACGACACAUGUGCUCUUUAGACAUAUGAAAGGCAAAGGCUGCUGUGAGUACAAAGAUGAGAAGAGUGAUUGCAAAGACUCUGAGAAUGCAGCUCCUCCAGGAGGCAGUUGUGGUUUGAUUUGUGGCCUUAGUUUGAGACUACGGAGUACAAACUAAUCCUGUACAUAAAAUGAAAAUGUCUAAUAUAGAGAGAUGCUGUUUCAACAUGUCAAUAAAUGUUUUAUAUUUUAA